AUCGCAUUGGGCUGCAGCGCUAGCGGAUUAGGAUGGCACCAAGCGGGCUGAAGGCUGUGGUGGGAGAGAAGAUUAUGCACGAUGUUAUCCGGAAAGUGAAGAAGAAAGGAGAGUGGAAGGUGCUUGUUGUGGAUCAGCUAAGUAUGCGCAUGUUGUCGUCCUGCUGCAAGAUGACAGAUAUCAUGACCGAAGGGAUUACUAUUGUUGAAGACAUUAAUAAGCGGAGGGAGCCAAUUCCCAGUUUGGAGGCAGUGUAUCUGAUCACGCCCUCUGAAAAGUCUGUUCACUCUCUCAUCAGUGACUUCAAAGAUCCUCCUUCAUCUAAAUACAGAGCAGCACACGUCUUCUUUACUGACUCCUGCCCAGACACUCUUUUUAAUGAGUUGGUCAAAUCUCGAACGUCCAAAAUGAUCAAGACCCUGACAGAGAUAAACAUUGCAUUCCUCCCUUAUGAGUCACAGGUCUUCUCUCUGGAUUACCCAGACUCCUUCCACAGUUUUUACAGCCCUCAUAAGGCUCAGAUGAAGAAUCCAAUUUUAGAGCGUCUUGCUGAGCAGAUUGCCACCUUGUGUGCCACCUUGAAGGAGUACCCAGCUGUGCGCUACCGUGGGGAUUACAAGGACAACGCAAUGCUGUCACAGUUGAUCCAAGAUAAACUGGAUGCUUAUAAAGCUGAUGACCCAACAAUGGGGGAGGGUCCAGACAAGGCUCGUUCCCAGCUGAUCAUCUUGGAUCGGGGCUUUGAUCCAGCAUCUCCAAUUCUGCAUGAACUGACAUUUCAGGCCAUGAGCUAUGACUUGCUGCCCGUGGAAAACGAUGUAUACAAAUACGAGACCAGUGGUAUAGGGGAUCAGCGAAUGAAGGAGGUCUUGCUGGAUGAAGAUGAUGACCUAUGGGUCACCUUGCGCCACAAGCACAUUGCUGAAGUGUCACAGGAAGUGACCCGCUCUCUGAAGGAUUUCUCAGCUAGCAAAAGAAUGAAUACUGGAGACAAGGUGACUACCAUGAGAGAUCUUUCCCAGAUGCUAAAGAAAAUGCCUCAGUAUCAGAAGGAGCUGAGUAAGUACUCUACACAUCUGCACCUGGCUGAGGACUGCAUGAAGCAUUAUCAGGGGACCGUGGAUAAACUGUGUCGUGUAGAACAGGAUCUGGCUAUGGGCACAGACGCUGAGGGAGAAAAGAUUAAGGAUCCCAUGAGGGCCAUUGUCCCUAUCCUACUCGAUGGGAAUGUCAGCACCUACGAUAAGAUCCGCAUCAUUAACCUGUAUAUAUUUCUCAAGAAUGGGAUCACUGAGGAGAAUCUUAAUAAACUGAUCCAACAUGCUCAGAUUCCUCCUGAGGACAGCGAGAUUAUCACCAAUAUGGCCCAUUUGGGUGUCCCCAUCAUAACUGAUUCCACACUGCGUCGCAGAAGCAAACCAGAUCGCAAGGAGAGAAUAAGCGAGCAGACUUAUCAGUUGUCUCGAUGGACGCCUGUUGUCAAAGAUAUCAUGGAGGACACCAUUGAUGACAAACUUGAUACGAAACACUAUCCUUACAUCUCUACCCGCUCCUCUGCUUCUUUCAGUACCACAGCAGUAAGUGCUCGCUAUGGACACUGGCACAAGAACAAGGCUCCGGGAGAGUACCGGGCAGGCCCACGCUUGAUCAUCUUUAUUUUGGGAGGAGUGGCGCUCAGCGAAAUGCGCUGUGCCUAUGAGGUGUCCCAGGCUAACGGCAAGUGGGAGGUCCUGAUAGGUUCCACUCACAUUUUAACACCCACCAAAUUUCUUGAAGACCUCAGACACCCAGACUUCAGAGACAGCAGUCGGGUGUCGUUCGAAGACCCGGCUCCCAUCAUGGAGUGAGGUCUAACGAGCUGGGACAAAUAAAAGAUCCACCCACAUUCUCACACCUCAGAAACUCCUGGAUUCUCUCAAGCGAUUGAAUAAAACAGAUGACGAGAGCAGCAGUUAGAUUACUCUGUCUCUCCCUGUGGUACCCCACACUACCCCACAGCUCCCUUGACUUCUGAUGACCAAUGCUCUCCAUCUAGCUCUGCCAGUGAGGGAAUGGCCCUUCCUUCAGUACCUCCACCCCUUGUUUACACGACAACGCAUUCUCUGCGUGUAAAAGAGGCUUUUAACGUUAUAGCAUGGAUGUUAUUUUGCCCAAUUUGUAAUUCCCGACAAUUAUUUGAAACUUGCAAUGUGUAUGCUCUUCUUCUUUAUCCCUAUUGGUCCUGGAGUUUGUGGUGAAUCUUGGUUUUUUUAUUUUACCUCUCUACUACCUGCCUUGCAACUCAUUCUGUCAAUUGUAUUUUUUUAAGUGUUUGUGUGGAGAAGGUGCCACCUGCUCUCCUCACAUUUGAACCUUUGCAAUGCAUUCUGGGUUGUAGUGUGGCAAGGUUUUUCCUUGCUUUAUGCUUCGUGUAAUGCAUUUUGGGUUUUAGUAUGGGCGGGUUUUCCCUUGCCCCAUCUUUCAUGUAAUGCAUUCUGGGAUGUAGGGUGGGCUAGUUUCCCUUGUACUGUGAAUUCCUGCCAGAUAAUUGUUUUCAUUCCUGUAUUUUGUAAUGCACUACUGCCCACAAUGCAUUUCUCUCAAAAGGUACACGCCCCUCCCCUCACAGGAUUCUUGAUAGCAGUGCAUUCUGGUCUGUAAAUCUAAAUUAUAUCAAGCACAACCUAAAAAAAUAAGGUGACCAUACUUUAAAUCAUCAUUCUAAAAGGCAUAUUAUGCCUCCAGGGAAACCAGAGGUAAAUAAAAUGUGGAGACUCUCUGUCCACCCUUUGAUAUGCACAUUUGAAAAGCCCAAAUUAAUGGUUCGGUAGCCAUUUUCCAGUCAGAAUUUGGCCAUACAGCCACAUGGCAAGAAAAAUAUAUGCUGCCUGUCAUUAAGAUGAAAGAUUUCAAUCGUGGCGCACAGAAAACAAAUAUGGCUGAAGGUACAUUUCAUACACAGGCCUUACCUCCUUUUUUGGUGGAGGCAGAAUAUACGUUUAAAUAUGCCUUUGGCAUGAAUGCACUGCAUCUGGUAUCCGUUUCCUUAUGCAAAGUUACUCCCCUAAAACAUGGACUUUUUAAGCACCUGCUUAGGAUUCCUACAUUCCACCCACCUAAGAAAUGUAUCUUGUUAAGUGUUUUGGAAAUGCGUGUCUCUGUGUUUGAAUGGCCCCCCCCGUAUAAUCCCCACGACUCCUAACUUAAUACCACCUCGCCGAGUCCAGUUGAAUUGAACGCUUGCAUCUGUGUCGUGUGUAGCAGCUUAGUUGUCCGAAUUUGGUUCUGUCUGAUAAAUAUAUAUAUAAAUAUAUAUACAGAGAUCUUUAUGUUUGUAGGUCAGAGGGGUGAGGCUAAGGUCUACAGUUUAUCCUCAAAGGGGUCCUCCUUAAUAGCAUGGACAUUUUUUUAUUAUUUAAUUUAAAUGUAUUUAUAUAGAAUAUUACAGUCCAAGAUUAAAUCAAAAAUGCUUUUGCGUAUAGCAGAAGCUUGAUUAUACGCUGCACUAAUAUAGGCAACUUUAUGGACUUGAGUUGGGCUAUAUCUUAUGUGUUUUUUUCCCCACUGACCAAUCAAAUUUAAUGUUAAGGACUAUGUUUGGUAAGUGGCUGUGGGGUGGCACAACAUUUCUGCUUCUAUGUUUGUCCCCCACAGCCAUAAUCGGAAUGUAUAUAUGGAAAAGAUUGACUGUUUGAUCCUAUAUAUGGCCGGCAGGCCAGUACCCGCCUAAGCCUCACACCUCCAUCCCCCAGUAAAACUUGUUCUGUGAUAGUUUGUCAUAUUUGCCUGCAAA